GUCGACAUGGAACAGAAGGGAGCCUAUGCUAGAUCAGUUCAAUCUAUUGCUGAUGAAAUUGGACUACCAGAUUGGCUAGUUGAUCUGCGUCACGAGGCCACACAUGCGAGCUUGCCGUCCUUGGAAGUGCUUAGGGUCGGGUGUAAGUUUGCGUUGAAUUGGCUACGAGACCGCUACUGGGAAUCACAGAUUGCUGAGUUUCAUGAACGAUAUCAGACAUUGCUCACGCUUCUUGGAAAGUAUGCUAAACUCUAUGAAAGUGUUAAGCACGACAAGAAAACAACAAAGAAAACAGCAAAGAAAACAAAGAAUGGAAAACUCGCCCAAGAAAUUGCUGAUCUAGUUGGUGAAUUUGAUAUGUGGUAAGUUCAUAUAAUAGGAGUAUAUAUUUGAUGUGUUUUUAAUCCUUUUCUUGUAGUUCAGGCACAAACCACAACAACUUAUUAAAAAUAUUAUACAGUAGGUAUUCUAAAAUUAAAAUGAAUCGGUGUUUUUUGUACGCAAUGCGUACCUAUUUUUACUUCUACACUGCAAAAAAUGCCCAGCCUGUAACAAUGUUGUUUGAAAACAGGCCUGAACAAUAUUUUGCUGCCCAUAUUGUUCAGCCUGAACAAUAUUCUUAACAACCAGGAACAAUAUGGGCAACAAAAUAUUGUUGUUACAGGCUGGGAGUUUUUUGUUGUGUACAUGAAGUUUUUGGCCAACCGACCACCUGAAAAGACCCAAUCAACAACUCUCAUUUGAUCUGAAAUAUUUCAAUUAUUACAUUUUCCAGGCAAUCAUUGCUGGACUUGUCAUUUGGAGAACAAGGAUUGCUGUUCCCUUCCACUGAAACCCUUCAAGGAAUAUUUCCUAAAUCUGCCGCAAUUAAAACAAGAGAAAUUUUGUUCGAGUUACCAAAAGAUCUUCGGCAGUGGCUGAGCCCGCUUCUCAAAGCAUUGCACAAAACAAAUGAGCAGUUCUUAUCAAAUUUUGUUUCAUUCCUUGUUAGGAGAGCUCACAAACUUGAACAAAACUUCAGAAAUAAACUACUGGCCCAUUACCAUUCCUGUUUGGUUUAUUAUAUUCUUUGCAACUGCAGUAAAAAGAAUAUUGAGAAAAAACAAUGGAAACUUAAGGUAGAACUCGACUAUUUAGCCUUGUUAGAGGUCUGCCUACAAAACCCCUCUGCAAACAGCCAACGUUUUCUGCAAUUAAUCAUUGAUAACCUUGAAACUUCAGAAAGCAUGAAGGCCAAACUUUAUAAGUUUUCCGCCAUUAAAAUUACUUUGAACAAUGACAAAAGCUUAACUAAAUUGACAGACAACGAAAAUACAGAUUUGGAAACUCUACAACAACAUUUUCCACUCGUUGCUAAAAAAGUAGAGGCAAGUUUAACUGAGUCAGAUGAAGACAGCUCCGUCUGGAAACAAUGCCCGCCAUCUUUCGCCCAUAAUUAUAAAUUUGGAGCAUUUAUCGGCGAAGAACCGUUGCAGAAUCAAACGUUGAAUCAAAUGAAUGAUGAGGCCAUGGAAGUGGAAACAAAUUUCGACGACGGGACCUCCAUAGAACAAUGUGAGCAAGGAAUAGCAGAAGAAGAAGGGGAUGAUAGUUCUGAAAAUGAAUUUGAAAAUGAUCUGAAUGAAAUGUCGGAAAUAUCAUGUGGCUCUGAAACGAGUGAUACUUCAGCAGUGAAAGAAUUGACUGCAGAAAUGAUUAAAGACAUUAGUCAAAACAUUGCCAUCUUUUAAGAACGAAUAAAUAGAGGAUUUUAAUGAUAUUUACAUUGCUAAUUGUAAGCACUUUCAAUUCCGUCAUCUCAGCUCAGUUGGAAUGCUUUAGGACUUGCGUUAAUUGAUCUUACUUUGUGAGUUUAAGAAGAAUCUACUGCUGGAAAAAUUAAAGAUAUAUUACUUCUUCUCCAUCGUUUUCUGUUGUUUCCAAUUC